AAAGGGUCCAUCAGAAAGAGAGAGAGACAGAGACUAGGGGGGUGCGCACAGAGCUCCAUACGGAAGGGCAAAGGGGAAUUCCCUCUGAUGGAUGCUGCAGUGAUGAUGAGAAGCCUUUUCAUCCGCGCUGUUUAAUUACAGGGCCCGGGGCUGCUCUCUGAGCUCACCGCGCUCGUGCGUGCUCUUGAGAAACAGCCGCGCGCGUGAUUCUCACGAGGAGGGAAAAAAAAAACAAAAACAAGAAAACAACAAGGCAGAAGGAAGCGCUCGUGGGACCGGUCUCAGGGAAAACGUCCUGCGUGUCAUACCGACAGCCGGACAGGACCUUUGGCUGGUUUAAAGGGGAUUUAACCACCAGGAGCAGAGCAGGAGGAUGAGGAGCAACGCUGCUCCUCCGGUCUGAGAGCGCUGAAACUUUUUGGAGGAGAGGAGCGUCGCUCCGCAGAGACCAUGGGAAGCAGUCGCUAGACUCACUCCGGCUCGGACUCGUCAUGGCUGUGGACGCUGCCUCCAGUUUCAGUUUCUGCAGGCCCGCUGUGGAGUACAGGGCGCUGCCGGAGGACUUCAAACACCAGCUGAGUCGGCGGACAGGUGGGAACCUAACGUGGCACGACGGUCGCGGACAGAAAACGGCCGGGGGAAGAACCGUGAAGCUUCUGCAGCAGCCCGGCACAGAGGUUCUGCAGUACCGCUCCAGUGACAAUUACGGCAUAUAUCACACGAGUCCGACGCAGCCCAGCCUGAUCCGGCCCGUCGUUCUCUGGUCGCAGCAGGAUGUCUGUAAAUGGCUUAAGAAACACUGUCCACACAACUACCUGACCUACGUGGAGGCAUUCUCCCAGCACGCCAUCACAGGUCGUACAUUGUUGCGUCUAAAUGGGGAGAAGCUGGAGAGGAUGGGUCUAGUGCAAGAGACGCUUCGACAGGAGCUGCUGCAACAAGUGCUGCAGCUCCAGGUGCAGGAGGAGGGACGUAACCUGCAGCUGCUCAGCAGAGGUACUUUUGGAAGGAUAUCUUAGCUGAGGAAAAAAGUGGAUACUGUAAAUCAUUGAAGCUCCAAUGUGAAUCAGACCCGUGGAUUAAACCCAUCCAUCUUACGAUGAUCUCCAGGAUAAUAUUGUUGGCUAACAUUGGCAGCUUUUUUUUUUUCCUUCAACAUCUACAUGAUGAACAGAAACUAUCUUUACAGACUGUAAACUGUGACGGAAAAGCAUCACGACAAUCUGAUUCAACAUUGUUCUCUGCUUAAUUAUUGUAUUCAUGUCAAACUGUUGUCUUUCAUGACUGUUUGAAACCUUUUUUUAUGUCAAAAUUUAAUUACUGAAUAAAAUCAUAAAAAGCG